AUGCAAUCCCUCCUCUCUUCUCCGACCCUCUUCCUCCAAGCUUCCCACCACCCUACAGGCCUGUCCUCUGGCGUAGCUCCUCCUCCUUUUAUCUCCUUUUCCCGAUUCUGCGCGGGGAGGUCGCGUGCGUUGCAUAUCAGGCGAGCGGCGUACCCGUCGGCAUCCCUGGCGGCGGAGGAGCGAUCGUCGUCGUCCACCAUGGCCGGCAAGUGGGCCCAGAAGACCGUCGUCAUCCCCGCACAGCGGCGGGGCUGCCACCUCAUCACCUCCAGGGUAGAAUACCCUCUCUGUUCAUCUGCUUCGUUCUCUCGCGCGUGUCAGGAAAUUUCUCUCUGAUCACUCGCGUAGUCUCAUGAUCUGCUCCCCUUGGCUGAUUCUUUCUGAGUUUUCCUUCCCAUUCCUGCUCCGGUGUGCUGUUCCUCGCAGUUCUUCGUUUGGCUGAGCGAUUAGUUGGACUGCUGGGUAGAUUAGUCGACGGUUCCCGCAAGACAGAAAUAGAUCAAGAGAUCAAACAAAUCUGCGCCUAGAACUGAGGAAAAUAACCUCCAUUUUAGAACAAGCCUCCUCAAUUGAAGAUGGUGGCUCUGCUAUCGCCACAGCUAUCGAUCCCUCGAAAUGAUCCGUCUAGGAUUUUGAGGUGCUAAAUUUCGGAAAAUAUGAGGGAUCUAUUAUGGGCUUUUGCCUACCCGACGAUAAACAUUUGAUUAUGAGAGCUUCGGGCGUAGUUUCCUGUCACCUCCUCUUAGGGAAGCAAAACAAUACAGCCUUUGAUGGCUUGCACUCUGAUCUUGUACUGCCACUUGAAUAUGCUUCUGCUUGAAAUGGGUUUCUUCAGUUUCUUGGAGAAAUUCUCAACACCCGUUUGCAGGUAGAAGACAGUUGAUUUGCCAGAUCAUUUAUUUUUAAGAUACAUGUUAUUUAUCAUGUGGCGCAGACGCCAAAUGGUCAUGAGGGUCCGUUAAAUAACUGUUCAAAGGUGAAGAUGGUCAGUCCUCGACCUCGUUUUGAUAAAUGCGCCUUUAUCUUAGCUCCUCUCUGCUCAUCUUUCUGACCAGAUUCUGCGGGAAAUCGAACAAGACUUAUCAGGAUUCAAGUGUGGAAUUGCUUAUCUCUUCUGUAAGCGAAAUCGCUGUGCCUUGCUUAUCAUUUCUCGUCACGCUUUUAGAUGUUCUGACUUUUCAGAAAAUGGAGAGAAAUCUCCAGUGCAGCAUACAAGCGCGUCACUGACAAUAAACGAGAACUACGAUUCUGAUGUCCAAGAUGACACCGAAACUUUCUUGAAUCGAAUUGUUCCCGAGGUCUGAACCCUUCCUCUGCUUUGUUUAUCACUGUUUGGCCUAGAUUUCCCCUUAUUAUUUGAUUUUGGUGAUAAUCGGAUUCUUGUUCUUCCAGGGUCGUUCGGCACCUUGGAAACACACGCUAGAAGGUGAGUUUUGCUUCAUAUUCGCAGUUGACAGCUAGGGGAUCUUGCGUCAGUUUCCCAACUUUUAUUUAUGCUUCUCUUCACUGUAAGCGUGGAAUUAGGGUCUUACAUGGAAUGCUGGUAAUAGAAUUCUACCUUCUUUUUCUCAAUGAACCAACACGCACUAUUUCCUCCGACUAUUCAUAGCUAAAGCAAGAAUGGAUGAUUUCGCAAUGAGUUACAGUAGGUGGAAUGCCUCGCAUCUUCUAGAUUCUAAGGUUGACUUUUGAUGGCCACUUGCUUAAACACCGCUUCCCACAAAGGGGUAGCUUUCAGUGUGGCAGGCCCGUUCAUUAUGCAUUGUGGGAUGUUGCCGUUGGUGGGCAGCUACCCAGAAAACUUAAAAUCCUGUGGAUCCUUGGUUGCUAAUCUGCAACAAAAAGUUCAAAUCUUUUUCUUUUAAAAAAAACCCAUUUUGGGUUGUCGAUGUAAUGUGCAUUGAAUGGUAUUUGCUAAAAGAAGGGAAAAUUUUGCAGGCCCAGAUGAUAUGCCGGCUCACAUCAAAUCAUCAAUGUUUGGCUGUUCUCUCACGUAUGUAGCAUCCAUGGAUUCUUCAAACUCCUAUUGAACCCCCAACUCUUAUCAAGAAAGUGACGAUUUUCUAUGUCUUGUGCAGCAUUCCGAUUACCGAUGGUCGUCUUAACAUGGGCACUUGGCAGGUUGGAAUAGCGAAUAAACCCUCUGCCUCCCCUCUUAUUUAUUCUAUGCUGUCGUGGUUCUCAUCGUUCCAUGGAAGAGUCUCUGUGGAUGUUAGAACCUGCCCGAUUCCUUGUUCUCAAUCAAGAUGAUGCUCACUUUUGUGUUUUAUUUUCCUCCUGGAGACAUAAACCCAGACCUGAAGCCCCUACCCAGUUCGUUGUUCAUAUAUAAGAUGACGCUCAUUUACAUAUUUUUCUUCCGAAAACCAAAACCCACACUCAGUUCUUUAUUCUUUCUCUCUUAUUUCUUUAUUCUUGAUUAAGAUGAUGAAGCCCUUGGGGCCUGAACCCUAAACCUACCCAGUUCCUUGUUCUUGGUCAAGAUUAUGUCUUUCUCCUGAAAAAUAUCUCUCUGAUGUGAAUCCAGGGAAUAUGGCUGUGCGAGCACCGAGACCACGCCACCCCACGCAAGGUUGUGGUCACCAUGAAUGGCAUGUAA